AUGAUAUUUCUAUUGAUUCUAUUGUUAGCUACUUUUCAAGAAAUAAAGGAUCAUGAAAUAAAUCCAUCGAAAACAAUAAUUUGGGGUCCAGGAUUGAAACCAGAUAAAAUAACAAUGCGGGCAAGAUACAUUUUUCUACAGUUUGUCGACUUACAAGGCAAAAAUUUAACAAAAUCACCAGGAAAAGAUACAGUAAAUGUAUAUACAUCAGGACUAACUUCAAUAGGACAUUCAUGUCAUAUAUCGACACAAAUUUUAGAUUGUAAAGAUGGAAGUUUUAUUGUCAGAUAUAAAUUAUAUAAUACAUGCUUCAAUUUUGAAUUAACAAUAAAAGCAAAAUCCAGUAAUUUGUCUAUCUUAUCAGUAAAGUUCAGAGGACCUAUUUAUGAAGAAGAAUGUUACUGUCCAAAUCUUUCUAUUAAUAGUUGGCUAGAGAAUCUAGGAUGUCCAAAGAGUUAUAAGCAGAUACAUGACGAUCUUGCUCCUUUCACAAAUGUAGACUUUGACAAAAUGCGUGAAAAUAUUGUUAGAACAUAUGAUCGGCCAGGAAGUAUUAGUUUAUGUCAUUAUGUGAUUCAGUCUAACAAAAUUUUUAGGGAGUGUCAUGGUCGUUAUGUAGGCUUUAAAAUAUUUAUGGAUUCUAUUCUUCUGUCUAUUACUCGCAAAGUUUUACUGCCAGAUAUUGAAUUCUUUGUAAAUUUGGGAGAUUGGCCGCUUGUUUCAAAAGAGAGCAAAAAUUAUCCUAUUUUUUCUUGGUGUGGCUCUUUUGAUACAAAAGAUAUUGUUAUGCCUACUUAUGAUAUCACAGAAUCUUCUUUAGAAGGAAUGAGCAGGGUAAUGUUAGAUAUGCUGUCUGUACAAGGUAAUACAGAUACAUUAUGGGAAAAAAAGAUAGAAAAAAUAUUUUGGCGUGGUCGAGAUUCCCGUAGAGAACGAUUAGAUUUAAUUGAUAUUUCAAGAAAAUAUCCUGAUUUGUUUAAUGUUUCGAUUACAAAUUUCUUCUUUUUUAAAGAUGAAAUGAAUAAAUAUGGUCCAGCACAAAGCUACGUAUCUUUCUUUAACUUUUUUAAGUACAAAUAUCAAUUAAAUAUAGAUGGUACAGUGGCAGCAUAUCGAUUUCCAUAUUUACUUGCUGGAGAUGCCUUAGUAUUCAAACAAGAAUCAAAGUACUAUGAAUUUUUUUAUAACAGUCUUGUACCUGGAAAACAUUAUAUACCUAUUAAAAGGGAUUUGUCAAAUCUGGUUGAAAAAAUUAUGUGGGCUAAAAAACAUGAUCAAGAAGUCCUACAAAUUACAAGAUCUGCUAGACAAUUUGCAAGGGAUAAUUUAUUACCACAUAAUGUGUUAUGUUAUCAUGUAGUUUUGUUUCACAAUAACAUGUUUGUUUUUACACUUCAGGAAUGGAGUAAACGCUUAAAGAGUAAAGUUAAAGUGUUACAUAACAUGGAAGAAGUGCUGCAACCCGAGCAUUCUUGUGAAUAUUACAAUGACGAUGAAAAACUCAGAGAUGAUCUAUAA